UGAUGUCGUAACUUCCUCCGCGCGGUGCAGGCCGGGAAUGCGAGUCGCGAUUGGCCGGCGCCCGCCCCGUUCUGCAGCGUGCCGGAGAGCAGGAAGCGGCCGCGGCGGAGCGGCCUCGACGGGGCGGCCCUGCUCGCGAAUACUCCUUUUACCAUGGAAGCUGAAGAAACGAUGGAGUGUAUCCAGGAAUUCCCUGAACACUAUAAAGUUAUUUUAGAUAGACUGAAUGAACAACGUGAACAGGACCAGUUUACAGAUAUCACUUUGAUUGUUGAUGGUCACCAUUUCAAAGCUCAUAAGGCUGUUCUUGCUGCCUGUAGCCAGUUCUUUUACAAGUUCUUCCAAGAUUUCACUCAGGAGCCCUUGGUGGAGAUUGAAGGUGUAAGUAACAUGGCAUUUCGUCACCUAAUUGAGUUCACAUAUACAGCAAAACUAAUGGUCCAAGGUGAAGAAGAAGCAAAUGAUGUUUGGAAAGCAGCUGAGUAUCUACAGAUGUUAGAAGCGAUCAAAGCACUUCAAACCAGGAACAAAGAAAACUCAUCUCCUUUAGACUCAAAUCAAGCACAAGGAAACAAUAAUCCAAAAAAGAGGAAGGUAGCUGAAACCUCUAACGUCAUCACAGAAACACUUCCAUCUGCAGAAUCGGAGCCUGUGGAAAUUGAGGUUGAGAUUGCGGAAGGCACGAUUGAAGUGGAAGACGACAGCAUUGAAACACUUGAAGAAGUAGCUUCUGCAGAGCAAUCCAUAAAGUACAUACAGACAACGGGUACAUCAGAUGAAUCUGCGUUGGCUCUUCUGGCAGACAUCACCAGCAAGUAUCGUCAGGGAGAGAGAAAAUGCCAGAUCCAGGAAGAAGGUGAUAGUGCAACUGAUACCUCAUGCAAACAGGUAGAAGGUAUUGAAAUUGUGGAACUUCAGCUGUCACACAUGAACAAUUUAUUCCACUGUGAGAAAUGUAAUCGUUCGUUUAAAUUGUUUUACCAUUUCAAGGAACACAUGAAAACACACUCCACUGAGAGUUACAAGUGUGACAUAUGCAAUAAAAGGUACCUACGAGAGAGUGCUCUGAAACAGCACCUCACCUGUUACCACCUUGAUGAAGGUGGUGCUAGCAAGAAGCAAAGACCUGGCAAAAAAAUACAUAUAUGCCAGUACUGUGAUAAGCAGUUUGAUCACUUUGGACAUUUUAAAGAGCACCUCCGGAAACACACAGGUGAAAAACCAUUUGAAUGUCCAAACUGCCAUGAACGUUUUGCUAGGAACAGCACACUCAAAUGUCACCUGACAGCCUGUCAGUCUGGAGCUGGAGCUAAAAAGGGAAGAAAGAAGCUGUAUGAAUGUCAGGUUUGUAACAGCGUGUUUAACAGCUGGGAUCAAUUCAAAGAUCACUUGGUAAUACACACCGGUGACAAACCCAACCACUGUACCCUAUGUGAUUUGUGGUUUAUGCAAGGCAGUGAGCUGAGAAGGCAUCUCAAAGAAAUUCACAGUAUUUCAGAGCGAAUAGUGACAGAAGAGGUUCUUCCAGUUGAAGCUGUGGAAGCUGAACCAGUAACAUCAAUGACUAUAAUAGAGCAAGUGGAGCAAGUCCAUGUUCUUCCAGUAAUUCAGGUACAAGUGGAUCCUGCACAGGUAACUGUGGAACAGAUGCACGGGGAUCUCAUACACGACAAUCAAGUGAAAGGCACACAGGUGGAUGAACUGCAAGAACAGAUGCAAAUCAGUUACUUAGAAGUUGAACACAUUCAGACUGAACAAGGUGCUGAAGUUCAUGUGGAACAGUUACAUGUUGAGCAUGUAAAUCAGAUACAGAUGGAAGAAGUACAGGCAGAACUUAUAGAUGGAACAGAACUUGAACAAGUAGAGUACGAAAGUGUUGAUCAAGGAAAAGCAGAAGAAAAGAAACCUAAUCAAGUAGAUGGUGGAGAUAAGGAAGAUCAUGAACAAGCUGAAGGCUUAAAAACUCAACAGUUAGUGGAUAUGCAGAAUGAAAAGGUGAACAACUAGGACAAAUAACAACACUGUGCAGAUACAUGAAUUAAAUACCAAGUUACUUUUUCCAUUGGGUUUUGAAUUGUCAGUGGGCAUAUUUCCAAUAUGCUGUCCUUAGGAAGCUCACAAGUGGACCAAAGUUAGCUAUUUUCAUGUACAACUAAACUUCUCUCAUGAAAAAUAACUUACCCAUUCAUGUAAUACCAUGGAACAGAAGCUACCACAGACACGGACAGCUUUAUGAGGAUUUUAAGAAUGAGUAACUUGUACUGUUGUUACACCAUCCCUGGAUAUAUGAAAGAGUAACUUCACCUCUUUUCCUCUUGCAGUACAAGCAAACUCUUGUUACAGAUUCACAGGGUGUGUGGCAGAAGAAUCAAUAAAACCUGAUGGGUCCCAUUGUAAGCGGCAGUCGGGUACCUAUUAAUAUUUCAAUCAGGCCGCUGUUUCCCAAAAGUGGUCCCUAACUUUCAGGCUGGAGAACAAACAUUGUUGGUGGGGGAUUCUGAGCACAAAAAUCCUGUGCCUUUUUACACUGACUUGUUAAAUUUCCAUAAAGUUUUUAGCAUUCAAGUUCUUAGUUCAGUAAAAGGCAGCUUAGGUAAUGUUAUAGCGCUUUAUAUUUUUGCUUAAAAUUGUCAGCUACUGAUUUUUUUUUUUGCAUUAAUUUUAGAGGCGGGGGGAUGAGGUAGGAAAAUGCCUCCACAUGGAGGCAGCAGGACACUUUAAAAUAAGAAGAGCUCAGUAGAAUCUGGUAAACCUGAGCUGGAAGAGCUACUAUCAGACUCUUCUUUUAUAAAGUGUCAUUUUCUAAAGUGAAUAUGUUUAAACAUAAAUAUAGACUUGUCUAUAUGGUAUCAUGUUCCUGUUUUAUUGAAUUCUGAAAUUCUGACACUUGAUGCAAAGAUGUGCUAAACAUAAAAGUAAAAGCCAUAGGUAUGAGUGCUAAACUGUCAAUUGAAAAGUAGAAGUGUAAAUAAUUUAAUCAAUAUUAGACAAUAAAACAAUGCCAACCGUGAAAUGUUGCAUUAUUUAUUUCAUGAAGUAACUUAGGAACAACUGACUGGUAAUUACAGUGCCAGAGUCUUCCAAGAAUCAGUCUCAUUUUAGUAAGAUUAAUAGCUCUUUACUGUAAAGUUAGAUUUGUUUAGAAAAUAAUGGCCUAGCUCUAUGUUCAAGGAUGCUAAGGACUUCUAAUUCUCAGUUACUGCCUUGAGAUUAGAACUGCUCCACACUUCUGAAAAUUUGUCUUUCCAAAGCCUUAACUGAAGGGAGGAAUUUUUGCAAGGAUGUUCCCUAAUGCUCUUGGUAAUCAUGUAGAUCUUAGUUAAAAUCAGGCUUUUUUUAUUCAGUCUUCUCCAAAUGCAGAAUUUGCAGAUUUGUGCUUUUAGUCUCAUUCAAAAUUAUUCUUCUGUUUCAUCAUAGACUUUGAGAAAUUGUUGCAAGCAUGGAUCUCAAUUAAAACUUCAAACACCCUGAUAAAUGCAACUUACAUUCUUUUUUAUUAUACUUUGUGUUUUCUAAGAUGCAAGUAAUAUGGGAUAAAAUUCUGUGUAAAAGGAAGAACGUGGCUGAAUGUUAAUCAUGAAAGUAAAAGUUGGCUGUUGUAUUUAUACCUGGCUUCUGAUAAGAACACAGAGGGGACAGCACUGCUUCCCUAGCUGUAUACUCUAAUUUUUUAGGUAUUUGUGCACAUAGUCACAUUUGUAUCUGCAGAAUUAAAGGAACAAUCUGGCUAUGUGUCUAAACGAACUUGUAGGUAAUUUAAGUCCAAUGCAAACUGGGCAGUUAGGUGGUACUGGUAGCAGGGCUGGGGUUUGGUAAGCACAAUUGGGCUAUUUUUUGUUCUGUUUGAUCUCCCCUUUUCAGCAAGGGUUCACAGAUUUGGCAUGGAAGAAAUAAUGUUCUGCCCCCUGCUACUCCAUCUGGACUCCCGCAGAGCUUGGUGGGGUUACAAGCCAUACCCUCCUUCACCCUGAUGGGUGGGGGAGAAGACUCUUCCUAAUUAUUAACUCUGCUGGUGAGCCUUUCCCUUUGCAGCACCCUGUGAUUUCCUUCCCAAAUGCCUGACGCCCAAACUGCUCUCACCAGCGGAUUUCCUCAUGCCUCCUUAAUGCCACUGGGGGAUGCUGGGGGUGUCAGAGUCUGGCUGCUGUCUGCAAGAGCGACCUUCCCAUCUUCUUUCUGCUCCAAGUGUCCAUGUAGACACAUAGACCUCUCUGAAUUCUGCUUUACCUACACACCACUGGAGAAGUUCUUCCUUCUGGUCCCCAGUGCCUUGUGUUACUCAGGUGCUGGUUGGUUGCUUGCAGUGAGACAGCAUGUUUGGGUUUAUGACAAAUGAAACUCACCAGCUAAAGCAGUGGUGUCUAGGCAGUAAGAACAGAAAAGUGGAAGUGGACAAAGAUCCAUGAGGUGUUUAUAGAUAUAAACUGACCAUCAAAUUGAGACCAAGGUUAGAGGUAAAUUUAUAUGUGAUGCUCAUGACAGGGCAUAAGUUAUUUCUGAAAACAGGGUAGGGCAAUAUGAGGAAGGACUAGCUGCCUUUUUUUUUUUUUCUGAAAACAGUCUUCCUGAAUCAAAGCAUCUUCUGUCUGCAUUUCAUUUGGUUGCUUAUUUUCAAGGGUUGAUGUAUCUCUUCUACAGGGACUACC